CACGGGCUUACUGCCUUCCAGCCGGUUGUGUAAAGGUGUGUUUUUUGCUCAGCGAAUACGCGUAGCCGCAAUUAUUUAUUAAAAAGUAAUUGGUAGUGUAGCCGGUGUGAUACUUAACGUCCUGGUAAAUAUAUUUAAAUAAUCUUUUAAAGGUUUAACUCUCUCUAUACUGUGAAUUUACUAUCAAAUCAGGUUGACAAUAAAUAAAUUCGGCUUAAACAUCAGCGUCUGUCACACAACACAAUCGUGUGAAAAAAAAGCACGGGAGAUUGUGGUGUACUAAUAUACACGUACACACCACACAUUAACGCACAUGAAGAAUGACGGGUAAAGAAAAAGAUGGAUAGAUAGAUCGAGUAAAAUAAAGUAAUGUACGUACUCUAUACUCCGUACACGAGUACUUAAGUACGUACUUUAACAAGAGUGAGCGAAUGAACGAUACUAGCCAGUAAAAAGUUUAAGAAGAAGACAACGUUGUCCAGAAGUUUAAGAUAAAGAAAACGAUAGAUUGUAUGUUUUAGUGUCACGGCAUUCUCUCUCUCUUAUUACUCACACCGAUCAACACUCGUUUAAAUUUUUAUUUCGUAAACUCAAGACUGUCAUCAGAAUGUCUCAGUAAGCUGAAACUGUAGUAACUGAUACGAGAAGAAUUUGUAAAAAAAUCUAAACCUUGAGGACGGUGGUUUUAAAAUAUUUAUUCAAUUUAACUAGACUCCGGAAGCGGUGACAAAUCGUCUCCGAUGUUUAACGCCGGAGAAAUGCUUUUCUGCACAUGGUGACAUCGCUGCAGAGACUCGAGAAGAAGACGGAGGUGGAGGCGGAUGCAGAAACUGAGACUGAGACGGAGACCGAUGAGGCGAGAGGAUUAGAUGUAAAGCUAAAGAAGAAGCUGAAGAGAAUGACAACGAUUGAGGAAAAAAAACGGGUCGCUGGGUCCAAGGUGUCGGCGAUCGCGAAUAUAUUCCAGUCAAAGCCACAGCACGAGGGACUUGCCCAUCAUCAUCGACCCACGACAAUUCAUCCGGAGGGUGGAUUCAAGGAGCCACCGGCGCCUCUCUCUGAUUCUCCAACUCAAGUGACUGUUGUUAGGACUGAGAGCCAUGUCGCGAGGUUUAACAAUGCACGAGCUUUGUUUGAAAAGCUUGGUGAGGAAAACAAGACCAAUCGACCUGUUACAAAACCAACAAAUUUUCAUGGAUUACGAUCAAGAUCUAGUUCAGCAAAUUCUGGAUCAGGCUGUACAUCACCAGCACGAUCACCGCGUCCUACAUCACCUUCGCCACCUGGCAGUUGUCGUGAUCAUUUAAGUAAUUGGAGUGCCAGUGUACCGGCAUUAAAUGCCGAGCGUCACUUCGAAAAUGGACAUCAUGCCGUGGAUAAUCACAAUGCUGCUCAGCGAAUCAAGCCACGUGUCGGAGUCGCGUCAAAAUUCGAAAAGAAUUUUCAUGGCAAAGAAAAUCGGCGUGACGAGAAACAACUAGCAGAGAAACCGGAGAAACCGGAAAGACGAUUAAAUUCUAAAGAAUUGAUUGAAAAACAAAAAAAUUGGACGAGUCAUUUCUCUAAAACACGACCUAGUCGUUAUAAUUCUGAUCCAAAUAGAUCUAUCGUACAGACCUCGAUACAAAAUCAAAAUUCAAAGAGACUGAUUGAUGAUAACACUGUUGACCCAUCAAUAGAGUCGGAUUAUCAGGAAAUUGACUUCAAAAAAUCCCCGGAACCAUGUCCUGCUACGAGAUCUGCAAGUUUUUGCACGUCAAGACCUUCACCAGCAAUGUCACCGCCACCACCCUUACCGCCUACACGGAAUUCGUCAGCCGUGAAGAAAGAGCGACCCGUGAGCUUCGUUGCUACGAGUCCCACGGGAUCAGAUUCGCCCGUGAGCCCAGAGUACGCUACAGUAAACAAAUCUUUCGACACGUCACCGACUAUCCCCGAGUACGCGGUCGUACAGAAGGGAGUUAAUGCUAAGCAGCCACCCAAGUCUAACGAACCAAUGCCUGAGUAUGCGACGGUACAAAAACCAUUGGGAGCUAAGAAAAUAGUUUUAGACACAUCGUCUAAAUUGACUCCUAAAGACAACUGUAAGGAAGUUAGCAGUCCUUUAUCGAGGAGUAUCAAUUCUAGUCCUACACGUCAACCUCUUCCAUGUCCUCGAGAGUUGUCUAAAGAAUCUUCUUCAUCGAGCCCCGAACAGGAUGAAGAAAUCGGGAACCAAAAGCACGAUCUGUUGGAGGUUGACGAUUACCCGAUUCUUCCGGCAAGUCCUCUGCGUGCUCCACCGAAAACAUCCGAAUGGCGGAAUGUCUGGCUUGCUAAAAACGAAGAGAUUCUCAAGAAUGUUGCCGAAUUAAAGCCGACAAUCACAACAGCAACAGCAACAACAACAACAACAACAACAACAACAACAACAACAACAACAAUACUAACAACAGCAAUUGCCGCUGAGAUAAUUGAACGCACAAGUUCUCGACCGGACUGGGCGAAACCUCAUACCGAAAUUGCCGAGUCAAAGCGUGCCAGGUCACCGGAAAACGAAUUACGUCCACCAUCAGCGACCGAUAGCGCUUCGUCAAGUAUGAGUUCACCCAGUUCACCAUCCAAAGAUAGCAAAGAAGAGAAAGCUGAGAAAGAAUUACCGGAAAAGCUUCAGUAUGGACGCAACAGCUAUGACCUGGAGGCGGAGGCUAAUGACAAACCAAGUGUCUACACAGAGGUGGUACGUGAUGAGGAGGAAGAAGAGGAAGAGGUAGGAAGUGCCGAGAAAUUUGUAGAGACUGAUGCUGCAACUGUUGUACGGCGGUCUCAUGUGAGGAUGGAUCUACCCGCCGCCGGGUUGGGACAACGUCCACCCUCUGUAAUCAGUUCUGAUCAAGAGUUUCCACCGUUAGAGCAUAAGGAUAUACCAGUACCAUCACCCUAUGCAAAACGUUUACAGCAACAGCAACAGCAACAGCAACAGCAACAGCAGCAGCAGCAGCAGCAGCAGCAGCAAGAUAAUAAACCACGGUCGCAACCAAAACCAGAAUUACUUCACCAGAGUGUUAAAUUAAAUAUCGAGCAAAAAGAUAAAUCAAAAUUCAGUGCAGAGGCUAAUUCUGUGGCGAUUGAAGAACAGCCGGCACGCAAGACAUCGUCGCGUGUUAUUAGUGUUAAAAAUGCUUUAGAAAAAGAAAAACAAUUUUUGAAUGAAAAACAGUGCCAAAAAACUAUUUCAAAUGCUAAAAAUGAUCAAAUAAAAAUGUCGAUGAGAGAAAAAGAAAAACUAGUUGCAGCCAUGGGAGCUAAUAAAGAUGAUGUUAUUGUUGUUGAGAAACGUUCUAGUUUUGUCGAACUUGAAAAGCCAAUAAAUCAAUCCUCAAGUCUUUCCGCCAAUCAAUUUACUAGUAAUUCAUUUGACCGACUUGAUAGUAGCAAAGUUGAUAGUAAAAUACAUAAUAUUUCUAUGAAAAAUAAUAAUUCAUUGACCAAUACUUGUUCAAAUGUUGGUUCUGCAGCGGCAAGUGUUGAUGUUACUGAUAAAGUGUCACUCGCUGAAGAUGCCGAGCAAAUACAAACAACGUGGGAACUUGAGAAACAGAAGGCCGAUCAAUUGGCAGCAUUGAGAUCCGUUGAAAUAAAUAAUGAUCAGACAGUAUCUAAAGUAUCAAUUAAAACUCAUUCACUUGUAUCAGCGGUGGUUGCUCAAUUUCAAUCUAAAGAUAAUAUUAUUAAUAAUACUACUUCUAUUACUGAUAUUCAUAAACAUGAAUCGGAGAAUAGUCUUAAUGAAGACACCGAUUCAAGUGAAUCUAAGACUGUCACUAAUUUGGACGAGAAAAAACAUCACGCACCAGAAUUAAUUAACACUAAUCAAGUGAAUAAUAAAAAGUUUGAAACUCCUGUAACAAAAGGUGUCCCAUCGGCGUCAAAUAUUGUGACACCAGACACAAUGACGGCUGAUGAAGCGGAAAAUCUUUUGAGUUCGCGGAUACUUGAAAAAAAAAUCCGUCAAGGAUCUGCGUUAUUGUCAGAUGAGGAAGCACAGGAAAUAGCCAGGUUACUGUCUCCAGCGGCAGUUGAUCCAUCUGCAGUAACUAGUGCUCCUGAAGAAAAAAUAAUGGAAAAAGAAAAGGAAAAAGAGCCAGAAAGAGAAAGAGAUAAUAAAGAAAAAGAAGAAUUGGAUAACACGCCGGACUGGUUGUCAGACGUAUUAUCGGCACCAGAUACUAGUUUAAUUAAUAGUACUGCUCAGGACUACAGUUUUUCGCAACGCUCGCGCAGUGAUUUGACAAUAGACUCACUGACGGAAAGUCAAAUUGGCUCUGUAACUGGCAGCGAAAGUGGGCUUCUCGGUUCUGUUAGCAGUUUGAAUGACACUCAUGAGGCUAAUGAUGACACGGAGACUGAACAGCGUGACGAAGUGACACCAGUCCCGGGUAGAAUAAUCCUUGUAGAGGAUGGAAAGCAUUUUUAUGAGGAUGGACACUUUUGGAUGGAAGUUGAAGGCCUCCCGGACUCUGACGACGAAGACUUGGGACUAGUUGCUGUUAAAAAGAGUGGCAAGGUUUCGUUUGACACACGCCCGAUGCGAAUAUAUUCGACGCAUUCUGUCAAUGAGUAUGAUCGUCGUAACGAAGACGUCGAUCCCGUGGCUGCUAGUGCUGAAUACGAGUUGGAAAAACGUGUUGAAAAGAUGGAGGUAUUUCCAGUUGAAUUAAUGAAAGGUCCAGAGGGUCUUGGCUUGAGCAUAAUCGGUAUGGGUGUAGGUGCCGAUGCCGGUCUUGAAAAACUCGGUAUAUUUGUGAAGACAAUCACGGAAAAAGGCGCGGCUGCACGCGAGGGAAGAAUACAAGUGAACGAUCAGAUUGUUGAGGUUGACGGUAAAUCAUUAGUCGGCGUAACGCAAGCAUAUGCCGCCAAAGUACUGAGGAAUACAUCAGGUUUAGUCCGGUUUGUUAUUGGCCGAGAGCGAGAUCCUAAAAAUUCUGAAGUUGCCAUGUUAAUACGACAGAGUCUCCAGGCGGAUUUGGAGCGCGAGCAAGCUAAUAAUGCUACCAACAGAAGACUGAAUUUCUCAGACGCGUCACCCGAAGGUCCUCAAAGAGAAGAACACACGCCUGACAGCACCAACAGAGCAGGAGGAAUACCUAGUUCUCCGACAAUGUCUUCUUGUUCGGAAGGCGAGCCACCUCACAGCCCAAUAGAGAGUUAUCUUUCUCCAUCAAACAGAAGUCGUUCGCCAAUUAUCAGCUCUUCUGUAGGACACGCUACCACUCAAAAUGAUGUGGAAAGCCUGCGAGUUCUUCUACAAGAGACUCAAUCUAAACUAUCGAUUGCCAAUGAAGAAGUGGAAACGCUCAAGGCUAAGCUGGUAGAGUUGGAGAAUAGCGGAGCUGGUAGUGAAGAAUAUGCUGCAAAAUUACGAGAAUCGAGACUAAGACUGCAUGAAUCCGAGAGAGCACUCGGUACCACCCGACAAGAGUUAUCGGCAACUCGAGAAAUGUUGUCGCAGUCUACAACACAGACGACGACGUUCCAGCAAAAAUACGCAAGGGCUAAGCGAUUGGCACGAGAGUUGAGAACUGAUAUUGCUGCGAGAGAUGAAUUUUAUCAGCAAUUACUUCAAGAGAAAGAUACCGAAUAUAAUGCGCUUGUCAAAACUCUCAAAGAUCGGGUUAUUAAACUGGAGCUUGAACUGACGGAGACGCACACAAGGUUUGGUUUGCCUGUCCGAUUACCGUACGAUGGUUCGACUAAGGGAAUAGUAACACCCCAAUUAUCGAGACGUCAAUUACCACCACCUCCUUCAUCGGCAAGCUGCCAAUUAUCUGACACAGAAACUUCGGAUCUGAGUAGCCCAGACGACGGAGAUAAAACGGCAACUGUUGAACGAAAAUUACCGCUACCGAUCCCAAUAAAGGAAGAAUUAGAUCGAGCGAUUCCAGCCCACCGUCUUCUAGAUAAUUCAGCCGGUAAAAACAAAGCAGAAUUAGCGAGCAGAGGAGGUCUUGCUAAUCGUCAAUUGCCAAAACGGUCUGGUGGAUUAAGUAACAGUAGUUCAGACUAUGGGUUAGACGAGUCGGGAGAUAAUACAGAUACUGAAGAUUCAUCUAAAAUUGGUGGUGUAUCCCAUGAUACCAGCACAAGAUCGACGAGCGAGUCACUGAAGCAAUCAAACUUAAGUUCUUAUUCAAGCAGUUCUUCAAUAUGUUCUCAAAAAAGUAAACAGUAUUUUGAAUCAACGCACUCGACGAUCCGUCAGCACAGCACAAUAAGUUCUCAAGUACGAGCAAUGACUGAACAAAGCUGGUCGGCGUCGCAGAAAAGUUUGAUUGGGCAUCCGCCGUCGUUGGCUGAACAGCUCAAAAAAGUAUUAGCUGAAAGAGAAAGGCGACUAGGUGGUGAUAUGUCUUCAUCACGUGAAAAUUCUGGGGAUUUUACGGACUUGAAUAAUCCGCAUAGUGAUCCAACAGCUGUGGGCCAUCAUCUCAUUGAGGAAAUCCGACAGGCUGUUAAUGAGGCGAGUCAACGGGUUAAAAUUGUUUCGGUUCCAAUGCCAGCAGGACCUGGUAACACGCCUUGGCAUCACCAAGGUGGUUCACCAUCCAGUUUAUCAUCUGGCGGAUCUAUAAGCCCGACAGCUAUUGAGCCCAGUCCGUCCAAAAUCGGCAGCGUCGACUCGGCUGAAGUUUGGAUGCCUCCCAAUCCCGGUGAUUUUGGUCUAGAUAAAAAAAUAUUCUGGCAAACUGCUUCCAUCACUGAUUGGUCUAAAGAACAGGUUUGUCAAUGGCUGACUGGGAUUGGCUUAGAACGAUUUACUUCACGUUUCGUCGACAAUGGAAUCAAUGGUAGUAGUCUCCUACGUUUAGAGUCACGUGAUUUAAAAACAUUGGGAAUUUUUGGUGAUGAAAAGCAACACCUUAAGAGAAAACUCAAAGAAUUGCGAGGUCAGGCUGAGCGUGAACGUAAAGAGCGAAAAGAAAUUGAGCGAGUAAGAAAAAAAGCCGAGAAAGCUGCACGAAAAAAAUAAGUUAUUUUUAAUGAAUUAUUUAAUUAAUUAAUGAUUACAAUACUUUAACUGAUGAUGAUAAUAAUAAUAAUUAUUAUUUUAAUGGUCAUGAUUAUUAUUAUUGAAAGAACGAAAAAGCGCUCACUGUUUAAUGUAAUACUUGUGUAUUAUUUUUUUAUAACUUUUUAGCUUGUUAUUAUCAAAAUUUAUGUGCUACUCUCAGUGGUACCUUCACGAGAGCUUCCCAGUGGUGGACGCCCAAGUAUUUUUCGAUUUAUAUAUAUACAUAUAUAUAGAUAUUAUUUUAUUUUUAUUUUCCGUUUAGUUCUGUUUUAUAUUUUUGUAGUCAUUUUAUUUUUCUGCGACGAUUAAGAAGUAAAAACAUUAAAAUUUUACGAGUUUAUCAGUCGAUUAACGUAGUUGUUGAAAUUUAUAAUUAUAAUAUUUUUGUAUUUAUCGUUAUGAAGAUUACUUUGUCAUUAACGUGGCUAUUUAAUUAAUUUUGUUAUGCUUGUUUAUUACGUUUUCUUUUUCAUUUUUUUUUUCUUACGACCAAUGAGCCAUUUAUUUUCUAUUAAUUUCUCCUUAUAUCUAUUUAACUUUAUAUUUUAACGGUAAUGCACACAUCGUCGCAUGUUAAUAUUGCAUGAUUAAAAUAAUAUUAAUUAUAGUUAUAAAAAUAAUAGAACAUAAGAUCAUUAUAAUAAAAAUUAAUCUAACAUGAAAACUAUCAAGAAUAAUUAAACAAAAUAAUAACAAUUAUAAAGUAAUUAAGGAUUUCGUACCUAGGUAUACAUAUACCGGAUAAGUUUAUUUAUUUUUGACGACUAAUUUCAAGAUAAUUAUGGUAUUAUCAUAGGUAAUAAUCACAAUUAUAGUUUAUUAAUUAUUAAUUUUUUUAACCAUUAUCACGAAAGUUGAUGAAAAAAUAUGUGAAUGUGUUUUAUUUGUUUUAAAAAAUUAAAAAAUAUCAACGAAGAACCUCCUUGCUGCGGCUAAGCGUCGCCGAUAUAGUCGUUAAUUUAGUGUGUAUCAAUUUGUAGAAGAAAUUAACUAUAAUUAAAAAAAAUUCAUUAACAAAAUAACGAACGAUUAAAAAUGUAUGAGUAUA